AUGAAGCGGAGCGAUCGCCAUCCAAUGCGAUGGGUGAACCAGCCCAUAUUCAAACUGGAGAUAGACAGCCAUGGCCAUGAGACGCAGAUCAGGGGCAAGGUCAUGAACUAUUGCCCCAGCUCUGUCAGGUAUCUGCUGAUGUACGAGGACGGGUCCUCGGACGGCGUUCCGGUCGAUGAGAUAGAAGACCAUGUGCCGCUGCUACUCCGGCUACCAAACAAGCGACGCCGAUUGGUUUCCGCCGAUCGACAAGCAGCAGCUCAAAGGGAAGAGUGUGCCGCAUUCCACGAACGUCCAAAACGACGCAAGGUGUCGUCGGUGGCAAAAAGCAAGGCCGCCACGUUUGAUAAGGAGGCAGUCUUCUCUCGAUUUAUACGAACCACAUUGUGUGAAUUGACCGAGGUUCUUGACGUCAGCGACGAUCAGCGACAAACGUUGAUGACUGCUUUGGAGAGCGGCAAGGAGCAGCCGCAUGCAGCACUAACGCAGUAUGAUCAAGAAGGAGGGCUUGAUGCUCUGAGCCACACUCUUCUCAACGUCGCACUGCCGAAACAUCUCCAUUUUCUCCCUGUUUUAGAUCUCCGUGUGGCCAGCAUUUACGUGAGCUUUUGCGAGAUUUCAUCUGAGGCGAACAGGGCACAAGCGGGCGAAUCUGCCGAGGCAGAGUGGAAGUCGGUGCUGAAGUCCUGCACGGGGCAUUGA